UUACUUCCGGUCAUUUCCGUUGAAUGGCGACGGCGAUGGAUAGUUUGUUUCGAAGCGUAUUGGCAGUGCCUUGGCUUUCGAGAUUUUAGAAAGUUUUUCAAUUUUUCUUUUUCCGUAUCGUGAUUCCGUAAUAUCAUUGUGUCUGUGAACUAGAAUUUACCGAUAAUCUUGUGCACGCGAAGUGUCAAGUUUCGCAGCUUAAUCUCGCAUUGUGUUGGACACUUUUUGCUAGAGAAUAAUGGCCGAUAUAGAAGGAAAAAAGUUAACCGAACUUCGAGUUAUAGACUUGAAAACGGAACUCGAACGACGUGGACUUGAUAAAAGCGGCAAUAAAGCGGCGCUCCUCGAACGUCUUUCGAAAUCCAUAUCCGACGAAGGGGAAAAUCCUGAUGAAUAUCUCAUUGUACCAUGCGGCGGCGUAUGUAAAGUUAGCCCGAGAAAGAACAGCGUGACCGGUACGAUCAACGUCGACGAGUCAACAGACACUACGGAAAGUCAGAAAGAAGAUGUCACAGAUGCAAUGGACAUUUCUGAAACUAAACUGAAGACAGAACCGAAACUUACCUUGGAAAAAGAAACGACGACACCUAAAUUGGAGGAACCUCAAAGCGAAGCCCAAAACAGCGGUGGCAAAGAAGCAGAGUGCAAACCGGAAUCGAAGAUUCAAACGAGUAAAGUGUUCGUCGAGAGCACGCAGAUAGCCGAGAAGAAAAUCGAACCUGAAGCGGCAGCAGCGGUGAACGAGAUCGCGACCAAUUCAACGUCAACCGUCGAAGCCAAUGGCAUCGACAACGAGGAUUCGAUUAAUUUGACUAUCGGGGAAGACGAAGAAAAUCUCCUUGCUGAGGAGACCGAGUCUCACGAUAGGCACAAAGAUGGAGGAGAGAAGAAGAAAGUGGAAGAGAACAAGAAGGGAGAGUCUAAAGGGAGCGGUAGAGCAGAAGCCGGCGCCAACAGCAAGGAUGGGAGCUCGUCAGGUGCGAACGUCGGGACGAAGAACAAGCAGGACGGUGGAGACGGAAGCAAGAGCGCCGAGUCUAGCAACAAGAAUCAGAAAAGGGACGAUAAAGAUAAAAAGAACUCUCAAGUUAGCCCGAUCAAUGCGAGCAGCAGAAACUUGUGGGUAUCCGGACUGUCGUCGAGUACUCGUGCAACCGACUUGAAACAGAUUUUCUCGAAAUACGGAAAAGUGAUUGGCGCGAAAGUGGUUACGAACGCGAGAACUCCCGGUGCGAGAUGCUACGGAUACGUGACGAUGUCUACGAGCGAGGACGCCGCGAAAUGCAUUCAGCAUUUGCACAAGACGGAGCUUCACGGCCGCGUGAUAUCGGUGGAAAAGGCGAAGGGCGACACGCAGCAAAGUCACAUGCGUAAACGGGACACCGCGAACGGAAAGUCGGAGAAGAAGGAAGAAAAGGACAAGUUGAAGGAUAAUCACGACGCCGUCGACCGAAAGGAUAAAGAGGCGAAGAAGGAAAAGAGCGAAGAGAAAGGAUCGGAAGCAAGAACGUUUAAAUGUGCGGCAGCGAAAAAGCCGGACGACAAAGGGGAGUCCGGGGAAAAUAAGAAGACCGAGGCGCAGGAGAAGAAAGAGGAAGCGUCGAAAGACGCCGAUUCCCGGUCGACCAAAUCGACCAGCAAAAAGCCCGACAGCGAGAGAGGAAGACGCGACGAGAAGAGAAUUCGAUCCUGGGACCACCACCGAUCUCACACCCGUUCUCGCAGUCGCGAACGCCGAAGACGCGACGACGUGCUCACCUUCGCCAAGAUCAGGGAGGAACGCGAGAGGCAGAGAUUGCGCGAAAAAGAAAGAAUGCUUCGCGAGGAGGAACGAAGGAGGCGGGAGGAUAUGGAACGGCAAAGGGAAAUCGAGCGCAGGCACAGGGAAGAGGCGGCACGGUUGGAACGCGAACGGGAGAAACUGCGCAGGGAAAGGGAGAGAAUCGAGCAAGAGAAGGCCGAGCUGCUUCGUCUCGAGCGGGAACGGCAGAAACUCGAAAGGGAGAAGCUCGAGCGCGAAAGGAUCGAACUCAAGAGGCAACAGAUGCGACUCGAAGAGAGCAGGCGCGCGCCUCCGCCACCCUCCAUCAAGCGAUCCUCCAGCGACAGAAGAGACCCCAGAGACAUAUACGUGGAGCCCGACAGGAAGCGCAUAGCGACCGAGCACACCCGAAGACACACUCCGGAUCGGGUCACCGAUCGCCGCGGUGAGAUAUUGGACCGCGUUUCGGACAGACGGUUGGACUCGUCGCCGCCUGCUCGUUACGAAUCUAGCAGAUCCACUCAAGACCUGGGACUGAAGAAGGAGUUUAAACGCAGCAGUGAUUUCACCUCGCGGAGCAGUCGCCCGGAGAGUUUUUCCGACGUGUCUCGCGGAAGGGAAGUGAUAGUGCGACGCGAACCUCUCAGCACCACAACUUCGUCCAUCGACCCUCGGCAAGUUAAAGAGAGCAGGUACGAACGACCGAGCACCACCACUUACACUCGCGAGCGCGAAGUUCGUCGUUCCGAGCCGGAAACUCAUCGAAGUUCCAGGGAUAGUCAUACUCGUUACAGCGAGAGCUUCAAACCCACGGGAUCGUCUACGCCGCGUGACAGUCGGUACGUGGAGAGCAACAGAACGACCAGCAGCUGGCACUCGGGACCACCGUCGACGAAAUCGUUCAACUCCGUUCCGAGUAGCGGCACUCGAGACCCGCGGAACGAACCAUCCAGCUGGAGUUCCAGAUCCUCGGACAACGUAAACAGAUGGAGCAACUCGAGCAGCAUGGGAAACACGCUCCGCCAUCCAGUACCACCGACUUACCAGAGCGGUCCUAUCCAGUCCAUGGGGCUGACGGCACCGGGAACAGCGCCGUCGUACGAUCGCUUCGAUCCGUACAAGUCGUCGAUGCCGAGCAUGAGAAAAUACUGAUCUUCUCUGACCGAGACAAGCUACCGCAACGAGUGAUAUACAACCCGGUUCGGCGUUAACGCGUGCAUACUCACUCGCCAGAACCACGGACACGUAAUUUACGUUUGCAUUGUAUCAGACAUUUCCUACCGACACGACGGAACGCAGUUUCGACUAGUCUUUCUCACGACCACGCUACCGCGGUUCCGCGCGGCUUUUAACGUUUAGAACCCACGAUCAUCCGUAAACUUUUUUCUUUUUACGUUGUUUCUUUCGUUUCUAUUCUCCUCCUCUUUUCUACUCUGUUCUAUUCCGUAUUCUUCUCAUCACUGUGUACCGUGCGUCGUGGGUAUAAUUGGUCUCUUUUUUUGGUUCGCGACGCGUCGCAAACGACCGGAGGGAUUUAUUCGACGCGAUCGGCCAAGAAGUUUCUGUACCGAAUCUGUCGCGAAUCGACGGAGAAGAGGACGGAACGCGCUACCGUGCCACAGUUUCGAUCGACUACAGAAUCGUCAACUUCUCGGCAAACUCCGUUCGCGCGAGAUUACUUUGCCAUUGCUAUAUAAUUUCAUCCAACCAAUGCCGGGACCCGCGUUCGUUUACAUCGAUGAAUAUAUUCUUGUAGCACGUUAAGGUAUAUCGUAUAGAAUCAUUCACAGUUUUAUCGUGUACCUUUAAUCGAUGAUUCUUCGUAAACACACAUACAUAUUCUCUAAGGAUAUGACUGAAUUUGUAUAUUGAAUUCCAUAAAAAUUGUAUAUCGAGCAACGUUGAAAUCUACAUUCAUACGUGAAGCACGCACGUACCACGUUUCGGUGUAGCGACGAUUAUUACGGUAUAAAUAAAUUUAUGGCAUAUUAGUAGUCGUCCA